AUGGAACAUGGGGAUAUCCUUCCGAAACGAUUCCAAAAGGGGGUUAAAUCCCUUGUCCGGAUCCUCCUAAAAAAUUUUGUCUUCAAUUUGUAUUACUCUUUGGACAAAAUUAAAGAGAACGAUGGCAUAAGGAGGGAUGACAGUAGAAAUUCAAAAAUGAAUAGCAGAAGGAAGUUGGACAAGUCCAAGAAGAAUAUUGAGAAGUGCAUUGAUCUGUGUUUGGUAGUGUUGAAAACGUUAGAGGGGGAUCAAUGCUUUUUUUCUCAGUAUGUACUGGAGAACUACUCUUCAAUUAAGUUAAGUCAUAACGAUAAAAGGAGGGAGGGGGAGAAGAAAAAAAACAACAACAAGUUUGAUGAUGCCCUUUUGAUAUACCACUCGUAUAGAAAUUCACAGCCGUCCAUAUGGAAAAAUGAAGGCAAGGGUGAGAAUAACGGAAUAUGCCUAAAUGUAGAUGAUACCGGAAAGCACAGUGUGUUCAUAGGAGAUAAGGAAGUCAGCUCUUAUGUUAAAAAAAUUGUAACGAUAGACUCGUACAUAAACAAACAUAAGAUGUACUCCAAAAGGGAAUUCAUUGAUGAACUAAAUAAUUUCUUAAAUGAGUUCUAUUUGAAGAAGGGACCCUCAAAUGAUAACCGUGCCAGGUUCGAUGUGGCCCAAGAGGGAGAAGAAAAGGAGGAAGUAAAAGGGGAAGAAAAAAACAUAAUCGAUGACGACUGCGUAACGAAUAAUUUAUUCUCAGAGUACUUUAACAGCUGCAGAAGGAACAACAAACUGGUGAAUACGCUAAUAAAAGAGGUGAAUUUACAGAGUUUACGAAGUUUCCAUCGUGUCUUAUACAAAAAUAUUAAUUUUAUCAGAAUGUUUAACGCGCGAAAUGAUACCAAACAUGAAAUGGAUGCCCUGCAGCUGUCUACUCUUUUUGAGCUUUGA